CCGUAUGUACCCCAAAUUCCGCAGAUUUGAUUGUUAAUUUAAGGUAUACGUUUUUGCCAUCAGCUAAAGUAGUAUUAGAAACAUUACGAUAAAUUUUUCCCCCUCCUUGCAGCUCACCUUUUUUAAAUGACAGUGCGUAGAAUUCAAAUUAGCCCGUGAUGGACAACGGGUUAUGUUCAUACGGACGAACCAAAAACGAUCGAGCCUUGCCCUGGAAAUAAAUAAUAUUAUGCUUCCUUAUAACUGAAGAUUUUGUAGAAACAAUGUCUUUUGAGGAGGUGAUCCUCGUGGAUGCACCCGUAGUAUUGGACCAGUUUUCCGUAGAUGAUGAAAAUAUAAUAAAUGGAAACUCAGACGCGAUCGACCCAAUACAGAUUUCUGUAUCAUCAGAGAAGCAGACGCAGGAGUUCAAUUGCUCAUCUGAACCAAUGGUCCUCGACGUGGACUUGAACAGCAUCAUGCAGAACGGAUCAAGUGGAAAACAGAAGACCAAGGAGGGCAACAAAAUUAAGAAAAAUUCACCCAAGAAGAAUUGUAGCAAAUUUCCUAGGAAAUUAAAAAAUAAUAUGAUCCAGCUGAUGCAGGAAAAACUGCGUAGAACGCUAGAAGAAAGGAAAGAGAAAAACAAGCCAGAGGAAAAGAAAAUAGUGGAACAAACGCCAGCCCCUUCUGCAAAAGAUUAUCUUCUCUGCAAAGACUGCAAUACCCACUUCAGCACUUCCGUUGCAAAGAGUAAGCAUCGUUGCAAUUCAGGAAAAAAAUAUGGUGUUUGUCGCAAAUGCUCAAACCCCUAUUUGGGUCCAGACACGAUGGACAUUUGCUUUAAAUGUUGGAGGGACGAAAAGUAUAGAAAAAUCGCUCUAUCAAGAAAUUGCCCAACUAUCUUCGAGUCAAACAGCAGCACUGACAGUGCAGAAGAAACUGCAGAACUGAGAGGUAAAAUACCGGAAGAAACGUACAAAAAGAGACCUCCUAAGCCCGCUGUGUCGAAAUUGAGGGAAGAGGAUGAACUUGCGUGUUGUGUUGACAAUACUUCCAAGGAGAGUCUACCUGCGAAAGAGAAGAUCAAGGAACUUAACCUUGAAAAUUCCCCAGCAAUCGAAACUACUUCAGAAUUUAGAUUUACUUGUUCAUUCUGCCCAGAAAAUUUUGGUUCCCGUAACAUGCUCUCGCGGCACAGUGGCCUAGAGCACCUUGAAUUCCACUUUUGCGAUUUUUGUUUGCUCAACUUGAAGAGUGACCUGCAGUUAGAAGUCCACAAGCUCGAGUGCGAGAGAAAAAAACUGACCAAGCAGCAGUGCCAAUCCAAACAGACUUUAUUUGAUUUUAAUUCCUUGUCGUGUAGACUGUGCAAUUUAGAGUUUCAAACUGAAUUGAAUCUGGUAGACCAUGCAUUCGCCAAUCACGGAAAUUUCAGGGGAGGAGUGUGCUGCGGAAAGCAUUUUGCCAUGGAUGAACUAGUGAAGCACAAACAGUUGAUUCACGGUGCGGUGUCGGAGGUGCAUUCCGUGAUAGAAAUAAAACUUAAAGAGAGGUGUAAGGUCUUGGACGCGGCCCUGAAGAAGUUGAAAUCUGGUAACUUCCAAUGCUCGUUGUGCUCCUACAGCGCGGCCUCCCUGACAGCCCUAUCCGAGCACCGGCAAAAUAUUCACAAAGAUAAAGCUUGAGCAAAAACAGGCAUUGAAGCUUGCUUUUUGUUUUGAUUAAAUUUUAUAAUGACUUACACAGACGUACAUUGGGUAAUUUAUAAACAUUUUUCACAGCCAUAAAUACUCGCUUUUGAACGUUCCUAUCACUUGUGUAGUACAAUUAAAGAGAUGCGAAGAAAUUGUUAAAAAUAAAUUAACCUUUGAUAAAU